GCAGUUAUUUAUUGCUCUUUAGUUUUUAUCCUUCUCAAACUAAACUAUUCUUUUCACAAUGAAUAACAUGAAUGCUUUCCAAGGAACAGAUGCCGCUUCAUUGGCAUUCAAGGAGAAGUUACUCCAAUUAGCACCAGGAUAUUACCUCGGGGACCUCCACCGUCAUACCUAUAUGACAGCUAAAGAACUAGUAAGCGAAGCGGGCAAUGCAUAUCAAGAAGGUCUCACAGGGGAAGAGCAUAUGGCUGAAGCUGUUGAGUCUGCUCGCCGUAGGAAACCUUCAACGAAAUCGUUUCUUGAUCUCGGCUUGACCAAAGAGAUGAUUCAUGGUACCAGAUCAUCCUUCGAAUCGUCGUGCCAGAAUUGGAUCUCUUCUGUCCGGAUGUCACAUCCAGCAUUCGGGUACUUCAAAUUCUGUUAUUCGUCAUCUGGACAGGUUGAUUACGAGUCUUGUUUCUCGGGUGGCCGUGCUUCUAGUCAUGUCAGUAUUUCAGACAUAAACAGCUACCCUGCCCCAUCGUUCUCUUGGUUGCAUGCACUACCAGAGGUUUUAGUUGCAGAUGAUGGCGAUACCGAGACCUUCAGCGGCACUGAUGAUCGGGCCAUUAAUGACGAGGAUAUGGUUGAAGAUGACGAGUCAAACGAAGUCGUCGAAGUCGUCGAAGCUACUGAUAAUAUUCAUCAGCCAUAUCUCGCAGCUCUGAGAUCGCCUACGGAGACGAAGCCUUUUGCGAGCUUGGCGUAUAAACCACCUCACAAAAGAGACAGUCAUGAUACUUGGCACUCCCGAUCACAAUCUGAUCCAGCUGUUAUUUCGACAAGUGCAUCUUCCCAGGGCGGAGCCAGCCAGAGAAACCAGUCUGAGAGAGACUUAAAAUGGCAGAGAAUCGUGAAUGAGGGAAGAAACCCCUUUACUGGCAGUGCUUACGAACCGCACCGCAGUCGUGUGCCAGCUUCUUUGCCUACCGACCCAGUCCGUUCAGUGACAGAGGGCACUUAUAGCAGACCGCUCUCAACCCAGUCAACCUACAAAGCGACGAGGCAAUACAAUAAGUCAAUUAGAGGUCUUGCCGACAACCUUAACUGCUCGUUAUUUGUCAGGAAUCUCCCAGAGGACGUCCAAUACAAGGAAAUCCUUUGCAGUGAUCACAACGGGAUCCGUAGUAUCUGUUCACAUCCACGAACCUCUUCCUGGGCGUCCGUAUUCCGCUGCAAAAAUCACCUUCAAGUACCCUGAAGGAGCUGCCUGAUUCAUGGCACUAGUGAAUAGUUCCGUAGGUAUCCAGAUUCGCGACCAUCAUCUCGCCGCCGUCUACAAUAAAUACGGCAUGGUCAAACACGCCUGUGAACAUCAAAGUCGUGUUAUCAAUAUUCAUGGGCCUUAUAAACUCAUGACUGAGGGUUUCUGGAGGACAUACUUUGGUAAGGUCACGAAAUAUAAUCUUGAUCACAUUGUGUAUUUGCCGUUUGACCCAAAAAAUAAGGUCAUAAGAUCAAUGGAAUUCCGUUUCUCUAGAAUUGAGGCACAAGCUCAGUCAAUCUUGCUGGCCAUCAUCCAUGAUUUUCGGUUUGAAAGUAAGGUAUUCUGUAAAUAUGGGAUAGAUCCUUGUGGAAGAGACUGGGAGGCUUUGUCUCCUGAGUGAGUGACCUUUGAUAAGGCUUGAAACACUUUGUAGAGAAAACAUACUUUUUAGAUUGAUUAUGGUGUAAUGAAUGGAGAACAAGACAGGUCAAGCGGUUAUUAAUGGCAGAAUAUUUUGGCCGUGAACGAAGACUUACAACAUUAGAAAUAUCUGGUAAAACUCUAGAUAUAUAGCGCAAAGGGAAUGGAGGUAGAAAAUUAAUAUAAAAUUAGCAUUCACAAAUCA